ACAGUUGGAAAUGUAAAUAUACGUAAAUAAAAAAGUCUUAGAAAAGCAUUGGUCAUUGUAGGGCAAAUGCAUGACAUUCACUCAUCAUGGGAAGUUUGCAAUGUUGUAGCACAAUUUAAACUCGGCGAAUGGUCGAAUUUUCAGGGGCAGAAAUUACUGUUAUCAUGCCUAGUCCUUUGUCUACGAUGACUUGCAAAUGUGAUUAUCUUGUUAUAUGAAGCGUGAUAGCACUUAAAAGAAAAACCAGAAAAUGGGAUAUUUUUGUUGUAAUUUCUGAACGAUCAUUCAACAAUAAUUUGACGGUAUUAUUUUUUCCUGCGUUAGACUCAAUCUAAUUAAACGAAAUCACCCAACCUACCAUACACGAUGGAUUAAUUAAGAUUACGUAAUAUACCAUUCACUGAGUUACUGUCAAAAAGGUCAUUAUUUAAGUCUACUCAAAUUCAAGGUAUUCGUUUAGCGAACGCUUAAAAAUAACACAAUCAGAUGGGUUUUGGCAUGUUCUCAAAUUUACUAGCGAGGUGGUUGGAGUUUGCGCUGUGCUCAGUGUUUUUGUACGUGGCGUUCAUUAAUAGCACAGGGAUAUGGGAAACAGACCUGUCUCUUGAUUUCCAUAGUUUCAGAUGCGUCCCACACCAGUAGUCGAGGACCAAGUGACCCUUUUAGAUCAAUGGAAAUAAGCUGUCAUCCCCUAGUACUUACAAUGUUUACAAACAUCGUGCAGUCAUGUAGGCUGUGUUGUGGGAAACAGAAUUGUUUAACUUGAACAAGGGAAUUACUGAAUUUUUGUGUUCAUUUCAUAUUGGAGCUACUGUGGUACCGUGUUACUUAAUUUCAACAGCUAGGUGUAGACCUCAAUUACCACCGAGGGGCGGCAUCGGACCUUGUUUACUUAAACGCCAGGUGACAUACUUCACUGGUUCAAAGUUUGUGGAAGUUUUCUAUAGCAGACGAUCGUCCUACAUAAUGAAACUGAAUGUAUUAAUCUGUAAAUAAUGUGGCAACGAAUUCGAGAUUACUCGUCUGCUAUAAACUUUACAAUUCUAAACUUUCUUCGCAAAAGAAAUUACGAACAGUUUGAUGAAAAUGGCGAUGGGCAAGAUCGUUUUGAGAAUUCCCAAGACGGAAGCGAGUCUGCUGAACGAGAUACUGUUGACUGCAUUACAAAGCACACAGACACAUGCGCAAUUAUCGACCAUGUUGAAGUGCACAGUUUCUCGGACAGACAAAUUUCUACAUUUGAAAAAGAAUCUAGACUUAGUAGCUAUGAUGGUGAUACAGAAUCUGAAGUAAAUCUGGACGUGUCUGUUGGGCGAAGCCAUUACACGAAUAAUGUGAACAAAAGGGAUGAAAAUGAGAGUCUUCUUUUGGGUCCACGGGAUGUCAAGGACGUUGUCCAUAGUUACACUCAGAACAGAUACAAAAGACUCGAGGACGAGGAUGAGUGUUCCGAGGAUGAAAGAGACUUUCAAAUAACAGUAGCAGACGAGACGAACCCCGUGUUCCAUAGUGCAAAGGAUUUCAGUAAAAAGAAGAAAUCUAGCAAAACAAAAAGACGCAAAAAGAUUCAUAUACGUACAGGACUUAAAAAGUUUGCAUCAUCCUUGGGAAAGGCGUUCGUAAUUGCUCACGGUGCUUCGAUACUCACAGUAGAAGAUUUUACUUUUUCUAAACCAGCAGGGUAUUUGAUGCAUGAUUUAUUCUUAAACAGAAACUCUUAUAACCUUGGCCAAGCUUGACUCUGGUAGGCAAUUAGUAAGGUGAAUCUUCAAUGUUGGCCGAGUAGACGUGAUACACAAAGGUCGCCCCCGUGUUCUUACCGAGUUAUUGUUGAACGGUGGCAUGAACUGUUGCUCUGUAACGUGAAGACUGUCCAUUUGCUUGUGUGUUCCUGGGGUUAUUCAUUAGGUCUUUGACGCUCAAAGCCUUUUUAAAACUUCAUCAGUGAGUUGUUCGGGACCGACUUGCCAUGGGUAAUCAUUUCUUGGUUACAAGAAAUAGAAUUAGAACCACAAAAUAGUUACGGUUUAAUGCAAGGUUUAGGAUGUUUUUACUGCGCUGUUAGCUGGUAGUAUCGAUAUUCUGGAAACCAUGGUUUAGGAGUUUGAUGAUCGGGAAAGACAAGUCGGGCUCACAGGUUUGCAGUAAAUCAUGCUCUAAGCACGCAUCUCCCGGUAAUGUGAGCGAUAUGUAUAGUUCGUUUGCAAAACAGCUUGUCUAUAAAUACAAUGUAAUAUUGUUUAUCUUCCUGUUUUUCCUGCUACAUGACGCCAUCGUUGGAAAUUUGGGUAAUUUCGCUUACAUUUUUUCCGCAUGUGAUGUAUAUAGAGUCUGAGUGUAUAGAGAAAUAACUUUGUGCUUUGUUUUCUUUUUGAAGGAAUGUCUUCAUUUUACCACAGGGGCUUGUCGUGCACUUAUUAAAAUCACAUAAGAUAUGAUUUCUACAGGAAUCUGUGCUAGUAUUUUAAGAAACGUAAACAUCCACUAGAUACUCGAUUUCCCCUCAUCACACUUGUGAUACACUUGAAAAUCUUUCCCGUUAAAGGAUUGAAAAAAGGUCACCAAAUUCUACUUCAUGUGAUUGAGAUGUUAAUCUAAAUCUGGUAAUACACACAUAUGGCAAUUGUUAAAAAAAUGACAUAAUUACAUUGUAAGUUCUUUAGCUAGGCCUUCGACCUACGUGUAUUCAAAACGCGGAAAAUGUGUUUCUCUUCGAGGAUUUUAAUGAUCUAAAUUUAAAAAAAAAAAAAUGGAGACGGGGCCCAAAAACCAUGAAAUAUGCACUUUCUGAAAAAUAAAAUCCCUUGGUUAAACAUGCAAUGCUUUUCAAUAUAUUUAAAUCCCAUUUUAUCAUGUGUCCCGGAUACAAUCACCAGUUUCCAUUUUCUACUGGAAUGUUUGUUUUACCCCCCCCCCCCCCUUCCCAAUACUUUAAUCGAAUUAAACUUUUCUCAAGACAAUGGGUAUUUGAAUCUAUGCUUUUAUUACUUCUGUAGAUAAGAAAAUUUAUUUCAUGUGAUUCACUAGGUGUUUGUAUAUAAACUGUGAUGCGAUACUCUACAUUCCUCCCCUCACUUUCUUUUCACUAUAUUGAUGACAAGUCCGUGUGAUUUUCUGAUGUGCAUUUUCUGUUAAUGAGUAUUGAUGAGUUCUUCAAACUUUCAGUUGUGGGAAUCCCAAACACUACUCACUAUAACACCCCCCCCCCUACUAACUCAUUCCCAGUUGUAUCUGUGAAGCUGAUGCGCAUGCCUUUCAGAACAAUGUCAUGUUGUUCUGUUGAAAUAUGUCGAAAAUUUAUUUAGAAUUUUCAACAGCUGUAAUUUUACUGACGAGGUAAUUCCUUUUCCUCUGCUGCUCUUGUUGAAUGCUUUAAAAUGAUUGGGGACGGUAGACUGAAUAUUUUGCAUGGAUGUGUUGUUAGCAUUGAACAUUGAUUAUCAGGACGUUAUAUUUAUUUUGUUACUUGCAUGGUUUCGUAUCUGUCAUUUAAUUCUAUAAAUGCAUGUAGGAAGUGGUACAUGUAUGUUUUCAUCUGAAAAUAGACAUUAAUUUAAAUCAUUAAUUUCAUGUACCCUGUACCAUAAAGACUGUAAAAUAUUAUGUAGGAAGUGGUACACGUGUUUUCAUCUGAAAACAGAUAUUAAUUUAAAUCACUAAUUUCAUGUAUCCUGUACCAUAAAGACUGUAAAAUAUUAUGUAGGAAGUGGUACAUGUAUGAUUUCAUCUGAAAAUCGACAUUAAUUUAAAUCACUAAUUUCAUGUACACUGUACCAUAAAGACUGUAAAAUAUUAUUUAUCAGUAGUAUUUGAUAAAUAUUAGCGUGUUCAUGCAUUACAGUAUUUAAAACACAUUAUGAUUUAAAAACAUUAACAUGUAUUAUUACUGUAUUUUAGAUUGCCAAAAUGACGAGACGAUCUAUCCGCGGGUCCUGGAAGUGGUUAAAACAGGGUGUGAUGGGAUAUGCUGGUGGGCUAGCCACUGCCAAUUUGUUCAUGCUUUUUCAUACAAGACAAUAAACGGAAUAUGAUGUA